AUGGGCAGCGUCGUUAAAGAAACGAGAGCCGCCAAACCCCUCUAUUAUUACAAACAGGACUGUGAACGCUUACUCAACCCCGAAUUUUCUCCCGCAAAAACAUUCCACACAGGCGUCCAUACCUUGAAAAACUCGACUAUGCAGUCAUUUGUCAAUCAUGGGGGUGUGAGUGACUCCCCGUCACACCUUUAUAAUGGAAAUGCGAAACCUCCUUCAAAACCACGCAUCAACGCUCUCUUUGCUCUCAAAAUACCGGAGGAGCGUACAAAUGAUGACCCAGCUUUCAGGUUUCCUCCUCCCAAACCUCUUCUUGAUCCAGCGACGGGCGAAGUCCUCAAUGACGUUAUCUACGAUACUCUCAAGGAGGCUGACUUCCCAGAAAGGCGAAAGGCUAUGCAGGAUAUGCUAAAGAAUGUACCACCUGUAGGAAGGGUUGAAGACCAUAAGCAUUUACAAGAAACUAUGGUCCCACCUACUCCAGAACCUACAAAAAGAAGUGGGAAGGAGAGCGAUGUCGAGACCUUAAGCGGGGUACACCCAUAUCCUCAGGAAUUGCAGGAUGGCAAUCAAGAACAGGUGUCUUCUGUGCACUUGCCACUGUCCGCCGACUUGCCGAAACUUGAUAGGAGGAGUGUCAUCAAGGCAAACUUUCACAAGUCACUUCAGUACAUAAAACAUGCACUGACCUUCCUUAUCUCGCAUAUUGGCCUUUCCUGCUUGGUUGUUGGCUACACCAUUCUUGGAGCCUUGAUGUUCUGUGCGAUUGAGCGCGAUGCCGAACGCAAAGUUAAAGAGGACAUGAUACAACGUCUAAAUAAAACAGUGCAAGACUUGAUGGAGCUUUGGUUAUCCAGUUAUUAUAGACUGAAGGAGGAACUCGAAGUUAUUCACAAUCUUGUCAACAAUUCUAGAAUGUCUUCUAAUGCGAGCAUCGAAAUUCCUCAAGCCCCCUCCAUUAAUACGUUUCUACGGGGUCUGGAGUGGUAUGUACACGGACUAGAACUGUCUCGUGGAGUAAUACCAAAACAUUGGAUCGACGAUAUUAGUUCAGAUAACUCUACAGGCCCUCUAAGGGAGACGGCCGUACUCCAAAACACCACAACGCCUGUUGGCAUUUUAGGUGGCACAGUCGAACCAAAUUUCAUUCCUACAGAGGUAUCGUAUGAGCAUCUUCGCAAUUACCUGGAGCAGGACACAAAUUCUUCUUAUCUCAACACCACUCUGUUAGCGGAAAUUGUCAGAAAGAACACCAGCGACAUAAUAUUGAAUUACCUCGGACAGGUAGUUCAUGCAAUCAAGGACAGAGGAUGGAAUGGAGCAACGAACGUGGAAGAUAUAAACUGGACUUUCGAAGGCGGAGUCCUAUUUGCAAUUACUGUGAUUACAACCAUAGGUAAGUAAGAUGCUCGAUGCUAAUUAAAGAGAAAAAGAUGAAAUUCAAACGGACUGAUUUAGCUACUAGUAAAAUUAUUACAUUCUUUUCCCUCUCCGACGUGAGCUUCUUAGUUUACAAUUUGAAAUGGGGGUAGAUUCUAUGAUGAUACUUCAUCUUAGACCAGUCUAAAGCGAAUAUUCGAAGGAGUUCUAAAAUUGCUUUUCACGCAACAGCAUUUCAAAAUAUUCCGUCUUGUCUGAACACAGGAACCUGAUGACGCUGUCUUUCAGGUUUUUGCAUUUUUACUUCGGUCAAUCUUAAGUCAAUCACAUUAGCAUUAAGUUCCCUUGGACAGUGGAACUGUGUCCCAAUAGGGUCACCAUACUCAGAGUUCACUCCUCUCUACCAAAACGCAGGAAACAAGGACAUCUCGGAACGAUUAGAACACGAGUAGUUUGCAGUAGUUUUCAGGCUUUUACUUGCCCUACAAGUAUUAGCGGUCAAAAUGUUUGAUAAACAACCAGUUGCCAAUGGGAGGGAAGAGACGAGUCCCAGGAAGCAGUCUUGAAGAAGAAGAAGAAGAAGAAGACGCGAUCGCCGGAACAAGAGCUUUAUUAGCCUGACGUUUCGGAUUCCUGCUCGAAUCCAUCAUCAGAGACAAAGGCAGAUAGGGCUGGUUCAUGCAUAUGCGGCUGCAGUAUUUAUAAGAUGCAGUAGCCAUGCUACCACAUACCUAUGAAUAUUCAUGGCUCCUCCCCUUUCAUCAGGGACGACUGGUGGUCAGUUAAUGAAACCGAAAGACCCACUGCCACGGCCAGAAAUGUCUGGAGUCGUUUAUCGGGUCUGAUGCAGUUGCGGACAAAGCAACUACGUCGGAGAACCCGGAAGACAACUCCAAGCGCGAGUGGCCGAACACGCUGCAGCGGUGCGGAGAAAUGACGCUAGCUCUCAAGUUGCGGCUCAUUCGAGGGGUUCCGGCCACACAAUCAAAUUUGACGAGGCCGAAAUUUUCGCAAGAGGUGACAACCGCGUGAGCCGGGAGCUGCUUGAGUCAUGGUUUACUGGCUCCCAGUCUAUCAACAAGUGCAAUGAUCUUCCCAUCCAAUACUCCGUACUGAGACUUCGUCUAGGCGGAGUAACUGGCCACGCGGGGAGCGCACAGGUGAACACUCUUCGCAACAUCCGGUUCAGCGAGUCAGAUGGUCGAGCAAUCAUCACACCAACAUCCAACGCACGUGAUGAAAUUGCCGCAAUUAACGACGCGAAUGUCGGCCAUCACGCCACGUGCAACAAUCCCUGAUGAAGGGGGGGGGAGGGGGAGCCGUGAAUAUUCAUAGGUAUGUGGUAGCAUGGCUACUGCAUCCUAUAAAUACUGCAGCCGCAUAUGCAUGAACCACACUUAUCUGCUUUUGUCUCUGAUGAUGGAUUAGAGCAGGAAUCCGAAACGUCAGGCUAAUAAUGCUCUUGUCCCGGCGAUCGUGUCUUCUUCUUCAAAACCACCAGUUAUUAUUUGGACAUACAGUUACUGGAGUAAUUCGUGAAACAUAGCGACCGAAAUCUAUUAAGUUGUUCGGAAAAUACUGGCAGCCUUUUCGAUGCGCUUUCAAAUUUGAAAGUAUGUGCAGUUCUUGCAGAUUCUCCUAUGAAGUUUUUCAAUGUUUAAAGACUAAUAUGUACUUUUUAUUAACCCUCCAUAUAAAUUUUUCCAGAGUACAGUUUUAAAGCGCAUAGGCCCCUAAUAACGAAGUUAAAAAGGAAAAAAGUAGGUUUACCUUCUUCUGCGAAUUGGAACUUGAGCAUAAUGCUUUCUAAAAGGCUGUCAAUACCAGCAAAUCAUAGAAAAAGUGUUCACAAGUAAAUAGACGGUACAGAGGUGGUGCCAGAAGUACGGCAGUUGCAAUGAGAGCCUUGAAGAUAAAAAGGACAGAGGUCGACAUUUGCACUUGACAAUGAACUGUGAAAGGAAUUUCUGAAGGGAACUCACGUCAAAGUGUCGGCAAAAUGUCUGAGGCACUUGAUGUCAGUAUUCCAACAGUGUCCGACAGUAAGAUGUAAAUUGGUAAGGAAAGAAAACUCGAUAAAGAAAUACCGCAUACACUCAAUGCGUUCGAUGAUAUGUCUGCAAAACUAGUGAUCCAUUUCUUAGUCGAAGGACGACGCGUGACUAAAGGUAGACCCUUUAUAAUGACAGUAAGCUACUACAGCAACGGCUUGAUCGCGACAAUGCACUAAAGCCGAAACCGAAAUCGCGUCAACAGAAGACAAUAGUGGCAGCCGGGUAGUUUGCCAUUUUUGACCGUUUCAGCGUUUUUGGAGACUAGCAAAAGCAUAAGAGCGGAGGUUUACUGCAAACAACUGGCAGAAAUAGACGUUCAUUUAACACCAAUGAAACCUGCACAAGUAAAUUGUUGUGGACCAGUUCUGUCCUACGAAAACCCAGGAUUGAAGGUUGCCAAAAUAACACUACAAAUCUCAAUGACAUGAAAUAUGAGAUUUCGGUACAUCUAUCAUAUUAUUCCGAUCUGUCGCCCACUGUUUGCAAAUUUUUCAAGCACCUGAACACUUGUUCAGCAACAAAAGUCUCAGGAGCAAGACUGAGAUUGGAGCUGGAUUUAAGGCUUUUCAGCAACAGAGCCAGUGGAUGUUUACUGAUGAGGCAUAAGCCGUCAUUUUUCUGAUAGCAUAGAUUCCUAGCUGCUUAAAGAUCACACCUUCAUUAAUUUUAACAUACACAGUGGUGAAUUAUCUAGAAAGAACUUCUUGUUUCCGAAAUCGACCCGUAUUUUCCGAGCAAUUAAUAGAUAAUUGGUUACUGAGCAAAGUGGACGUUACACAUUUUGUCUGCCCAAUGCGUUGCGGUAAAACGUUCCUUGCGCAGGUUAUGCUGAUAAGAUUUUAUAUCCGCUUAACUUUCAAAUUUUGAGCAAAUACUUGGCAUUACUUUAGAGUGUGUCACUUUACUGUCAACAAAUAUCCUGAGAUACAUCUGCGCAACAAAGUGUGAUUUUAUAUGUUAGAGGUCGUCGAUCUAACUGUGAGACAUUGACAGAAACAGACGUUGCUAUCAUGGACGGGGAUUCCUACGAUCGUGUAAGCGAGGUAAAUUAGCGUGUCAACGUGUAUGUUGUUUAAAAAAGUAGCUUUAUGGUAACAAUUCUGAUUCUACAGUUGAUGUACUGUUAUGCCCUAGAACAGUAGUGUCAUCCACACGCCAUAUAUGUCUCAAAAUGUUAAUUUUUCAGGCAUGCGUAGUCCUUUCAUGAGUAGUUGCGAAAAGCCCACCAAUUAGCGCUCAUUCCAAUUUCUGGGACAAUGGUAAAAUUUUUCCAAUGCAGUUGCGACAAUAACGUGCAAUCUAGUUUCUUCUACUGCGUAAUUUCAAACUAGAACGCAUAACUACACUUAUUUUGUAAGAAUUUUACUUUUGAUGCGUUCAUUAUGUGGCCUAUUCAUAGUUGCAUGCGGUACGUAAAGCAUGCAAACACGACAAAAAGAAUUUGACUGAAAGGAACAGACAUGGUUCUAGUUGGAUUGACAAUAAAGUUAGUAGCAUUGUUUGGAGAGGGCACAAGCAGGUAAAAUGUCUUAGACUUUGGCCUAACCUACCUGUGAAGCAAGACGGAAUACGUGGAUAUUCGUCAAUAAAAUACCUUGAAAACCACUUUUUCCAACGACGGCUAAUGAGAGGUUUACCAGUUUACCAAGAAUAUGCCAGUCACAAGCCUUCGUUCUGGAACUCAGUGUUUAAAUUUAGUUUGGCGAUGAAAUUGUUGGAAUUUUGGCGUAAGCCAGCGCUAGUGUAUAACGUGUCACAGCUCUAUAGUAACAGAUAUCUUGAAACAUACGCGGGCAUUGAUUUGAACGGAAAUGAUUUAUGCAGACAAGCUUUGCAAAGUUAAACCUUUUCGCUUUACAUUGUAAAUCAGGAGGGGCCAAACAAAAUCAAACAUGUAUUGAAAGCAUAGCAAAAAUCUGUCCUAUUCAAAAAUAUUAUUUUUUAAAUCUGUAUAAUUUUGUACCAAAGAGCCGCACUAACACUUACGGGCCAGAACGAAUUUCAACAAGUCCGUAAUUUCGUGGCAUGUACAAACAUUCCUUAAAGAAAUAUAAAAAUGGCUGCCAGAAUACAAACAAUGUGAGCUUUAGGUAUUAUGAACUAGAAAAACAUUUUAGUUCUUUAGUUACCAUGCUGUAGGGUAUUUGUAAUCGUAGAAAGAGACUAAGAGAAUGAAAUCAUAACACAUAUAUUGCCAUCAUAAAAGUGAAGGUCGUUUUUUAUGGUUGAACUCUCAGCAACUGUUAGCUAGGCAGAAAAUUCAAAGACCCUACAAGUUUUUCUUGAAGGCUUCUCUGGAUAAUGGAAAAGGACGUGAACAUUCAUCGCGAAAUAACUGAGAAAACCAUUUGGGCAAAUAAAUUAUAAGAUACUUUUUAUACUUUGGGGGCCUUUGCUGAAAAAUGCUAGAUUCUGGAUGACUUGUCAUCGGAUUUGCGUAAAAGCUAUAAAACGUUUCUCCUACUAGAGGUUUUAGCAACCAAAAAUGAUAGAAUUUAUCUUGUGCAAUCGGCUAAGAAUACCGACAAUCGGGAACUGUUCACUGACGUUCCAAGGAAAACCCAAAAGUCGUCUUGCUCCAUCGUCGCUGAAAAAUUCAUAGUAAAUUAAGGGAAGGAAGUUUCAUACUGUACGCUUAAUAUCUUUAUGACUGCAUCUGCUAAUAAAACUCCAAUUUUUCUGUAACUGAAUGGCAUCUUAAUAUCUGGUCCCAUAAACAUUGUUGCCUCUCUGGAGUCCAUAUUUGCGGCAUCAAGGGGCGAAACUUUAAUUUGUGGCUACAGUUGACUCGAAUGGAAUAUGGACGAUCUUUCACAUCAACAUGAUGAAGCAAACAAAAACAGACAGUUUAUUGACUGUCACGACUCAGAUUAUACUAAUUAAAUGAGGAUAUUUACGCAUUCAACCUCAGGAUUUCUUAUAAAAAUUUUCUUAUGCCAUUCUGGUAAUUCAGUUACUGUCGUAGGCGGAGUUCUCUUACAUACAAAAGCGCUCGUCUGUUCAAAAUUUGAGCGAUUUAAUGAAAUGUCAAUUUCAAAUCAAUAUUUAUACAUUCUCAUUUAACCCAGGGUCGUUCAUUGUUCAUUUUUGCCAGUGUAUGUGCUCAGUUUCCGCCUAACGGCAUACGUCUAACGGAAUUGCGCAUGCUUUAUCAGCUGCGUCACAAUUUAAAGUCGAAUUUCAUUUCAAAACGCAAUUAACUGCCUUCCGGCCAACUGACUUGCAUGGUUGAACCUUCGUUUCUGCUUUUUGCUGCAGCAGAAAAAUUACUAGAUGAUUUUUGGUGCAAGCAGUUGCCUGAGCUAUAUUUAAGCAGCAGUAGCAUAAACCUGUUAAAUUUUUGGCAUAUGAAAAUGUUUUGUUUCGAAUGAAUGCACUACAUGAUAACUAAAAACCUGCCUUUUGCAAGAUAUUGCAUUUUGUAAGGUAAUCUCAACUCAAUGGGACAUAUUUUGGACACAUUUGCUUAGGAUAAUUUAACUUAAUUAUUGGAAGUCAUGACGUUAUGUGUGCCUGAAAUGUUCGUAUGUUCUAUUGAAACAUUUGUGCCUCAAAAAUAAAAAGUCAGGCAAAAAUUACGAAUAAACCAUAGUUCAAAUGCACUGCUCAAAUUGCUGGCAUUAUCCCUCUAUUUCUAUCUACUGAAAAUUUGGUUUUUGUUUCAAUAAUAUUCUUGUACUGACCAUCCCUGAUUAAUGGGCUGGAGUAAAAGUUGAUACUUUAAGAAUAUCUGAAUGUCCUAAUAAUUUUUUUGGAAUACUUUCGAAAUUCGACCAAAAAUUGGAAAAAUUUGAAAUAUCUAUGGAUUAAUUUACUGUCAUUAAAUAAGUCACGUAUUUCAAUCUUGGUAACUGCCGGUGAUGUCUGCAGUAUUGUACAAAAUACCCAAAAAAGAUACAUGCCUUCGUUACUUUCGAAGUGUAUAAUUAAAGUAAAAGCUUCCUAUUGUGGCCACUGAUAAAAAAUGCAGAAAGCAGCGGAGUUUUUACAAAUAUAUGGCGCAUCAAAUAAACGUUUCAUUGUUUUUCUUCGACCAUUGAAAGUGCUUGACUUACAUGCAUGACGUCACACGAUUUUGUAGUUAUGGGAAACAUGUAAUGAGUCCGUCCCUUUAUUACUUAUCGUCAUGGAACGCCUAAUGUGAGUGCCUUACAAUUCGACUCAUUAAUUAGGCCAAUAGAAAAUUCUUAAUUCGACAACCGGCGUAACCUCAAUUAUUAUUUUUUAAAUAUGGAAAAUAAGAAAAAAAUGAAUGCACAAAUUUGGGGCUCAGAUGCGGUGAGAGAACGGUAAAAUGAGCAUCUUCGUGCGGAACACACUAAUGUUAGCACGACCGGUAAAAAUUUGCUGCCCUCUGUUGCCGGUGAUAUAAUCGUUCUGAAGUGUCACAUAAAAUUCCAACCAAAAUUAAAUGGCUUGGUUCUAACAAAGAACAAUAAGUUUCACUUUUUAUUGGAUAUGUAAUAUAAGAGCCUUCUUUUAGAAAGAUCCUAAUUGGUGGCUUUGAAUGUCCGUUGCAGACGUGAUAUUUGCUGACUAAAAGUUUCACCUUGUGUUUGUGAGAGUGCAAAAAUUUGUUAAUAAAACUGAAUUUCUUAAGAUUUUAUUCUGGAGAUAGUUCUUAUGAAAAUCUGAAAACGUUUUUAUCAUGAAAAUAUGUAAUUGAAAAACUGAAACCAAUCCAGACACAGUUCUUUACCGAAUGCAAAGCCUUUCGGCCACUGGACACUUUUUAAAAUGUGGCCAUUUGGACCCAUGAACAAGACAAAAGGACAGGAGCGGUCAAAAAUGCGGGACGCUUUGUGUCAACGUCCAUUGAUAUUGUAGUUAGGUUCAAGGUUAUGGUUACGGUUAGGUUAAGGAUAAGUUCAAGGAUAGACUUAAAAUUAAGGGUGAGGUAACUCAGGAUUAGGUUUAGGAUUAAAAAAAGCGACCAGUGUUAACUGUAGAAUUAUGGUUCAAUUAGGGGCAGGGCUAAGAUUAGGGCAAAGGUUUAGUUCUACAUUAGGAUCAGUAUUGGAAUUAGAACACGCAAAUGUUUUUUCCUUACCGGAAUUAUGCGCGGGUCAACUUUUAUCUCAUAGGCGGGACGUUACUAUUCUCAUAUCCUGCUUAGGGACCAUAUUCGUCAGUCGUACCUAUAAGUAUACUUAAGUAUCUGCCUGCUUAAUUUCAGCUUUUAUAAAUUGAAGAUCAUAUAAAAACUUGCAGAGGGCUUGCUCUCUGCGUUACUGCCAAAAAUGAAGCAUUGGUUUAUAUGUACUGUGAAGAGUUAUUUUUAGGGUAUGCGCUUCUUUCCGAAUUUAAAAAUUUAAAAAAAAUAGCAUCAUUUUUAAAGAAUUAAAAAAUAGUCAGUCAAAUAUGUUUUCUGGAAAUGGUCAACUUAUAUUCUAAAAUAAGUUUAUUUAAAAGUGAUGACCAAGGGCAUCAAAAAAGAGUCGACUUUAGACACAUCUGAAGCUGCGAGAAACUUAAUAUGUUUCUAUCAAAACAAGUUGCAGACGUCAACUUAUCACCCUAUUAUUUGUUUGUUGAUGGAAGUAUUUAGGGAAGCCGGACUUCAAAACAAUUUUCAGAAAAGUAGAGAAAAUAUGCAAAUAAAAUAGGAUUUACACGCAACGGAUGCACGUGGCUUUAAAAUGGCUAAGAUGUGGUGUGUUGAGUACAUAAUACACACUCCAGAGAAGAGGAGAGUUAAUAAAAAGAAAUAUGUAAUAUUGGAAAAGAUCGCAAAUAGGACAAUCGGGGAAAAGAAGAAAAUAGGAUUUUUUCCAAAAAUAAUAAAAAUAUGAACUAUGAAUUUUUUUGAACGAACAUUUACGAUCUUCAAAUUUUAACAAUCAGCAAAUAGUAGCAGAGGAGGAGACUAUUCUAAACUCUGUUUCCUUUGAAUAUUAAGACCUGGUUAAAUUUUCGUAAUUGUUCACCUCAGAAUGUCAUGUAUUUCAACAAAACUCCACAAGCCCUCGGCAAAAUGCCCAGCCUCAAUAGCACGGAUAUGUAUUCGGUCUUGAUCUGUGGAAUGGGAAUCUAAAAGGGAAAAUAGCAAUGCACAAGGCAGGUUUAACCUGGACAAGCUUCUGGAAAUAUACUUGGUUACAGAGAAUAAGGAAAAUUCUCUCUGCACAGCGGCACUUUAGUUUGACGGAUAUUGGUUCGUUAUCGACUGGUGCGACAUUGAGUGUCAUUUAACAAAGUGAGAACAGUUUAGAGAACAAAUCAAGUGCAAGGGUUUUAGGUUUAAUUUAAUAAUCUCACGGUCAUUUUCACGCAUGGUUAAACUGGAAAUGAGGAGAAUGAAACUUCUGGCAUGUGCAUUAUUAAACAUCAUCCUGCAUCCUUGAAAGUCAUGGUGUGUUCGUAUCUUUUGCGCCGGCGGGUCCUAUAAUGGUCAGUCAUGCCGUUGCUGUCAUUUUUAAAUAUGUCUCCUUCGCAAAGUUACUUCCGGCUAUCUAGUCAGUUAAAUCGUCAUUAGUUUCCGUCGUUUCACAAUAGUUCUUUACGAAAUUUGUAUACAUAUAUGUAGCCGCCCUACAACUACAACAGAAGCCAUCGAAAAUCACGAGGUAAUAUAGCGAUAUUUUCCAAGUAUCGCGUGCCCGGUUUCUUAGCCAUUCCUGAACGGACACUGUCUGGUCGUCGGACGGAACAAUAAGUGCUUUUAAAACAUCAAUAAUGCAGAAAAGUCUUCUAAGAGCAAAACACAAUCUCAUUCAAGCGUUUAAAUUGUUUUAAUUUUAUCCAAAUUUCUAUUUAUAUACGGAGAGCUUUGUUUUUGUUAUUUGAUAUCUUAUUUAAAAGAAUGAUCCGGUGAAAUUUAGUUUUUGCCUAUGAAGAAGGCCUGAUUAUUGAUAUGGUUCACCAAAUCGAUUAGACGUUUAUUAAUAAGUUUGUUGAAUGGGAAAAUAAGAAACGGCUACAUUUUUAACUUCUGUAUCAUUGUCUGAUAUCUAUGGACCUGUUUGCUGAAGUAAAAUGUCAGCUAGUUUUACUUGUAUAACUUCCCAAUGGUAACCAAAACUUACAUUCUUAUGGGCGAUUUAGUCGAAAUAUCUUCGUGGUUUAUUUUAUAGCAAAUCGUACACUAAGAAGAAAGAGGUCAGGUUGCUAGAGUAAGGAUUCUAUUCGUGGGACGUUCAGUGUUCAUACUCGAACCCGGCACCAUAGAUAACAUCAUAUAAUAGUAAUGGAAGUAAAACGAUUCUGGUUUUUACGUCAUCCUCACUAAUUAACCACUUAAAUUUCGAAAACAUCGUUUCCCGUCUCCAUCGACAAUAGUGGCCUUUGGUGGAGUAGCUGAUGGGCCUUCCGCAUUCCAGUCGAUAAUUACAUAAGCUUUGUCACCAGUUUUGUUAUUUGGGUUGAAAUUUACAGCAUCCUACAAGUGCUUUAAAGUCGGUACGCCCAUGGCCCUUACCCGUCGCAUUUCCUGAUAAGGCAUCCGGGUGUGGAUCCAAAAAAUCGGACGAGUUGAGUAUUUUUCUAGUGCUCGCAGACCAUAUGGCUCUACUGAUUCCUGGUGUAUACUAUUUCGUUUCUGCAGAAAAACCUCCAAUUCUUGUCUGGUUGCAGCUUUAUAAAAUAGGACAUUCGCAUUUCCAAAAUGUGAAGAAAUAUGGCGAAUGUUAAUUGAAUCUCCAUCCUUCAUUUUUAUGAUUUAUUAAGAAGCACAACACUGAGUGAAGUAGGGCUUUGUUAAACUUAUACAUAAAGCCAAGGAGGCUUUUUGGUUUAAAUCCGUUGGAUUACAUCUAGAUAUUGUGGCAUAAGUAGAGACUUAGAUAGUUAUACCCGUAUACAAGGUUAUUAAAAUAUGCAUCUGACAACAAAGCUUCCUAUAUGCAUAUCAUAAAGCACGUAGGGCGUCUGUCUUCGUACUAGCUAUAAGAUCCCACACCGGCGGCGUUGCGUCGUUGCACAGGAAAAAAGCUCUAGACGGCUGAGGGCCAAGCAAGUAGUGAGGACUAUAAAGAUUACAACAACCUUUAAAAUGACCAUAGAUUUUGGGUCGCAUUUCGUAGCAGCAACUAAAGAUUCGCAUUUACCCUUCUUAAAAUAAUAUUCAGGUUUUCUUUUUUAUAUUUUAUGCGUUCGAAUUUAGAUUCCGGUGGGUAAAUUGCUUACUUCUGCCAAGUUUAUAAUGGGCGCUUCAUCUAGAAAACGUACUAAAACGUGAGAAGGUAAAAUUCAGUUUCGAAAGUCUGAAAUAUAAGUUGUGGUCCAGAACGCGUUUUUGCUUUCUUACAAAGGCAAACGUGCUCCGCCAACGGAAGGGCAAAAACACCAAAUAAUCGAUUGCUCUUGGGAAGGCGUCAAAAGCAAAAAGGCCUGAAUAGCGAGAAAUAAUUAUAUGGGUUACCCUUUAAGGGGAGCCUACAGUAAAAAUUAAGCAAAAAUGUGGAUAGGUUUGCCAAAUUCCAGCGGUCAGCCAAGAAUUUUGACAUACAUUGCAAGCUCUGCUAAUAAAAUAAAUGGAUGAAUUCCGUGUGAUAAUUUGAAAUUCCAUGCAAACGUUUAGUGUUUCAUGGACCGUAUUAAGGCAACAAAAGUGGGUUUUUUAUAGUAAGCAAGGGGACACUUUUUGAUAUAUAAGGCGCUGGUUAAUGUUCGGACUGACCAACAGAGAAGUGCGCAGUUUGCUGUCCCCGUAGUUCUCUCGGUAAUUUUGCGUCGUGAAACCUUAUGUUCCAGGAUUCGAAAAUAGGUAGAAGCCGAAGCGCAGAAAGCAGGUUUUUGUAAGUAUACAACUGCACUGCCAGAUGUAGUAAAUGACCAGAAAUCACACAUUUCUGCGGCAACACAAAAUAAAUAUAACGGUUCGUAUUCCGGCAUACAACAAGUAAAUGAUGCUAACGGUUACCCAUAUAUCAAUGUUCUAUAAAAUGACCUACUUCGCGCAUAGUUAAAAAUAAAUGAGAAGACCGGAAGCAAAUCCCUGGUAUUUGAUUUUUUAUGAGGGGCUCCAAAGUCGAAAGGGACACUCGAGCAGUAUUUAGACGGCCAUAGCGAAAGAAACACGUAAUGAUCCAACCUACGAAAUAAUGCACAAUAUUGUUUUAAAAUAGUAAGUGCAUAAUCUCCGGAAGUGGAUUGUCUAACUGGCUCCCAUUUUUUGUCAAAUUAAAUUAUGAUUAUGAUCAAACUCUCUGGCUAUUUUCGAAGUCACACUAAGCACGAACAUAAACUUGUGCGUUUAUGUCGAACUUGUAUAAAUUUAAGGAAUCCCGUAUUUAUUGCCGGCGCCAGCAUAUGAGAAAUCCUUUAAUUUACUAACCCGAUCUCACUGAACUUCUGUCUCCAAGAGGAUAUUUUUUAAGUGUCUGCUAGUAGAAAUGUUCAAGAGCCUUUUAAAGCGGAAAAGUGUUGUUCUUCAGGGGUUGUGUGGAUGCAAAUGCAAAUACUUGUGUAUGAGAAACAUGAAACAUUCCGCAAAAUUCGGUCAUUUAAUGUAAAUCGUUUUCCCACAAGACCUUUGCUCUCAUAGCGAUUCGUACUUUUCACAUUUUAUGCGCAGUUUUAUGUGUAUUUUACCGAAUACUUUCAAAUGAUUUUCUGGUUUUUGAUUCAUAGAGGCAUUUUGAAAUUAGAAGGUAUCGCUAUACGCGCGACAAAGUGCAGUUAACAUUAUGGGCUUUAUUGAAUCCGUAUUUUGAAAACUGAAGAAGGCAUUAGAAGACAGGGCACUUAGCGCCCAUAUUUGCAGAGGUGGCUGAAAUUAGCAAUAUUUAACGUCACAUUGGAUUGUUUUUUGUUCAUUUUUGUGUGCAGCAGGAAAAUGCAGGAAAAUAAGCUAAUGAUAAGUCUGGAUCAUGCACUACUUGAAUCACCUUUGUCUGAUUCGCAGCACUGAAAUGAUUGAUAACUAUUAAUUAAUUCCUUUUGAAGUAUGGUGGCUAAAUAAACUAAUAAGGAAUCGUCGAAGCCAUGAAACUGUCCAAAUAAUUUAGAAAGAAAUAGGUUUUCAAUAAAAAUCUAAAGAAAUACAGCACCAUUGAAUAAUAAACUUAAUCAUUGUCCUUUUGACUAUUUCUUAAAUGUAGACAACAUUAUAACUAUUCUUGGUUUCAUUAGGGUUUGGGAAAUUAUUGCGCAAAAGUACGGGCUAAACUGCUGUCUUCUGCGAAAUGAAAAAAGGAUCUUUUAGAGAAUUACGGAAAGUAAAGUUGGCAUAUGGUCAUGAGUCAGGACGUUGUCCACCGACAUAAAAACCGAAUAAUGAUUAAAAAACGUAGCAACAAACUUAAAAGGAUCCUUUUCAUGUUGUCCGUGGACUUCGUCAAAUUUAAAGUUGUUCUUAAAAUAGUUGUGGGUCGUCUUCUGUUUUUAAUGGGCCCAGUCAGACGCCGUCGAAGUCCUUUAUAAUAAAUUGGACAUUCAGGCUCCUUUGCUAGUAAAACCACCUUGGCGACAAGGGUUGCAGGAAAUAGAUUUUUGACGAAAAGAAAAACUUUUACAGUAGGCCGGCUUUUUGCAGUGUGCCUUACUAUGAUAUUUCGAGGAUGAACACUCAUGCUUUGAAAUUUUUGACAGGGUCAGAGAAAAAAUUGUGAACUUGUUUCGCUCAUGCUCUUGCCUCAAUGACAAACGUGCUGUUCAAACAUAAGAAUAAACGCAUUUUGUUCAGUUUUAGACGCUUGUCGAAAAGUAUACGUAGUCUUGAAGCGUGCUCUGUAAAUUUAAGGGCUUUAUAUACCUCAUUAGUAUAUUCUUAAACAUAUUGCAGAAAAUGCACGGAUAAUCCAUGUUCCUUUUAAAUUAUGCAGUAGCUGAAAAUAGUUGCAAAAAAGCAUCUUUCUAAAUAUGUGAAAGGUAACUCACAAUAGGCAUCCCGUUUAAGUUAACGGUUACGUUCGCAAUAUUUUCGUGACCCAGAAUUAGCUGUUUUAUUCAGUUCAGUGACUGACGCUUGCGACUACCAUCAUUUUUUAUGACAGAAGUAGCGCAGCUUUGAAAUCACACUUUUGCUUGCCCAGAGCGCAUUUACUUUUCUAUUUGGGGCGGGCAUAUUGAUAUCCUGCCCCAAGAAAUAUACGCAGAGAAAAUUUUUAUUUUCAAAUACGUGACAACUGCUUUGAAAAAUUUUCUUAUCAUAAUGAAGUCUCCCGAACGCAAAAACAACGGUUUGCUCUAUAAUGGAAGAUAGAAAAUGUAUAGUUCUUGCAAAGCUUGGGGACCUUUUUCUCUGGAUUUAUUGUUUUUCGUUAAAAUGCCUUCCUGGAAAUAUAUUCCACACAAUAAAAAUGAAUUUUACACAUACACUAGGCUAAAAAGUAGAAUUCGUGACGUCUGAACCAUCCAUCCGAACCAGUUAGGUGUACUUAAACUAUGAAAACAGUUAUUAAUUGCGUGUAAAUUUUUUUAAAGCAUAUAGCCGGAUUGUAAUUCAUGCCUCCGGCUCCUUACACACUGGACGCCGGUUAAAAGUGGAAGUGCGCGUAAUGUCCAACAAAGUUAUACGGACCGUUUGCACAUGCCCCAUAGGACCUACUGACACCGAAAAAUGGGCCCUCACACGUCGGGUGUAAUAGCUCACCAUUAUGAAGGCACAGAAGCAAGUUAUACUGUCAGCUGGUCUGCCCGAUCUUUUUGUCUGAACCUUGGUAAGAUCGAGCAUCGUACUGUCGAGCCUCCGCCUACUGCAUUCCAUAUACGCACACAUACGUACUGACAAUAGUUAUCCCGUAAUUACCUGGGUCGACAAAUACCACUGAAGAUUGAUAGAAAUAGCGCAUGCAGAUGCGAUUGGAAGGAUCCAUUUGAUGUCGGAUUGUAUGAAGAUAAUGAGGAGUUAGAUAGCGAGUAAUGUUGUAGGGAUCGUUAUCGCGCAGGUGCACGCGAGAGGGUGUGUUUAAUAAAUAUAAUGAUGGUGUCUUAUUACUCAGGGACCACGUUCGACAUGUAAACAUACUGAUGCACCUGUUGAUGCCUACCGAGGCAAGUCAUGGUUUUAGACUGAGGCCGAUUUUUAGGGGUUCCAUUGGCAGGCUUAGGGUGCUGCCGACGUUUAUCGGCGACCUCCUUCUAUACGCUUGGUUUUGAGAAUAAGUCAGUUUUGACGGUCUUUAACUAUGUCUUCUGCUUCUAUUUACUGUCUUCCGGUUUUUAUUGUCAAUUUAAAGGGAUUUUGUAGACGCCCUGAAAGUAUCCUUGUAGCAUUGCUUGCUUUCGCCCUAAUUGCAUUCACACUUAGCGACGUCCUAACAGAGGAUCCAAUUCCGACUUUGUGUAUCAGUGGUCUUGAGACUGUAACCAUCCCAAAAUGCAUGGCGCUGUUUUAAAAUGGCGUAGACGCUAAGUUUUUUUUUCAAGACAUAUUUCUUUCUCGACAUUUCCCCGCGAUUAUAAUUAAGUGCACUACCAGCCCUGACUCACGAUAAACCGCCUUAUAAGCUGAAACUCUAUUUUAUGGUCAUUGAGAACCAACUGGUGGGUAUUUAAUGUAAACUUAAUAUGCAUGCGCCUUCUUAGAAGCGAAUUCCAACUCUUUUUGAAGCGCGCGAACCCUUGGGGAAUGUACAACAAGGACUAGAGGGCUUCGGCUGAGCAUGUAAAUUAAAAAAAUGCCCUGGACUCUUUAUCUUUUAAGAAACUCUCAGUGCGUUUUAGUUAUCCUACUUUUUCAAGAGCCGCCCGUCAUCAAUUCUACGCCUCUAUCCAUAUACUUGUAUCAGCAGUUUAUUUCUGUGUUUGCCCUCACAACGAUAUUUUUGAGUUUAGAUAUAGGUUACGGAAACCGGAUCUUAUGGUCUUAGGAAGUAUCCUGAGAUCGAGGACUAAAACGUAAAAAGGUGUCCGUUUUGCUCUAGGAGGCUUUCGAGAACCAUGGGGCGAUCAAUUUGGAAACAGUUAGACUGAGGAAAACUGAAGUGGCUAACAGUAUUGCUGACAAAACUCUGAAAAGUUAACAGGAAGCUCCACCGCGAUCUAAAUUGAAGAUCUUAUCUCGUCAUCUCUAAGGCAAACAUUAGAAUUCAAUUUUUGACAUAUUAGGGGCAUGUGUCGUCCUCAGUGACCUUGAAAAUCUUUAGCUGUCCGACGGUCGGUAACGACUUGUGAAUAAUUAUAGCACACAAUUGCAUUUUUAACCUGUGCAGAACGAAUCGGUUUAAAUUAUCUGAAUCCAAGUGGCCGAAAUAAUGCAUUGGGUGUGACCUCAUGAUUAACUGAGCUCAACAAUUGAAGUUCAUUGGGUCUUUUGGCCUAAUGUCACCGGAGAGGUGUGUUACUUCGUUCUAGUUGAUUAACUUAUGACCAAUUUGUUAACAAUGUUGGGAGAUGCCCAUAAAGUCUUCUUCAGUUGGCUUUUCGCUUAGUUGACUCACCAGUCAAUUGAAAAAUACUCCUAUCAUUUAAAUUAAGAUUGUAGUUUUUACUGCUCAUUUGGAGUGAGUGACCGAUCUUAUGAAAUGUUGGCUGAAAUUCUGAAAUGCAUUUUCCGUCAGGAGGAUUAACUAAGGGGCGGUUGUAAUACAGAUUAUCUUGUGGUUUAAUCCUAUAAUAUUUCGGACUUGGCAGUAUGUGAGCUUUUGAGUACCCUGCUUUUCAAUCUUCUGUGGAAACCGUAUUCGGCAAAAAUUGACCGCUUAAGUAGCCGUCAUUUUUACCAUUGAUUUUCGAUGGUCUUGCAGAUUCAAAAUAUUUAAGAGGAACCAUCUUUACAUUUUAUUCUCAAUGAAGGAGUAUAAUUCGGUUUUGAAAAACUUCCUCAUUAUGAGAUUUUUUAAUACCGUGCAAUGUCUAUUCAUAUAGCAUCUAACCUGUAAUUUUACCACUCCUCCGCAUGAAAUGAACAAUAUAGUCCGCACCCAUUGCAAGAUUUUAUAAACGCUAUAUAAAAUCGUUUUAAAGACAUAGAAGAAUAUGUGAUUUUCUUUACGAGAAAAAAUGCAACUUGUAAAGUGAAAUCACUUAGCGCUAGUGCAACGGCUGAUCAGCUUCAGAAUAAUUGGCCUAUUAGAAAACUUUUUUAAAAACCAAAUUAUACUCUUUUUUCAGGCAUAAAAUAUAAAAAUGACGUAAUUCUCCGUCAAAUGACUGAGAGAAAGUAUAUUUACUUUCGUGGUUUCUCUUAAAUAUCUUUGAAUUGGCAAGGCCAUUGAAAAUCAAUUGUAAAAGUGCCGGCUACUCAAGCGGUCAAGUUUUGUUGAGUUCGGUUUGCACAGAAGAUUGAAAAGCAGUGUAUUCAAAAGCUGACCUUCUGCCAAGUCCGAAAUAUUAUAGGAUUACACCACGAGAUAAUUCGUAUUACAACCGCCCUAUAUUUAUCCCUCCUGACCGAAAAUGCAUUUCAGAAUUUCAGCCAACUUUUCAUAAGAUCGGUCACUCGCUGUAAAUGACUUGCAUGCAUCCACAUUAAAGUCAUAAUCCAUAAAAAGGUGUUUACCUACACAAUCAGGAAUCCCUAAUGACAACCGGUUGUUAAGAGCGGACUGCUGUCAACAUAGGCAUCGAUGCUCCCAAUGCAAAAUUAUUUGAUUAGCACUGCACAUAGCUUUGAUUGAAUUUCUAUCAAUUCUAAUUAUAUCCUGUGACUACUACUUUUUUCGCGCGGCUGAUUCUUCACUUUCUCCCUUUUAGGUUACGGCCACGUGACCCCACAGACUCAAUAUGGAAAACUUCUUACAAUGCUCUACGCAGUCAUAGGAAUUCCUCUAUUCUUCAGUUACCUUUCCACAAAUGGUGAUGCUAUGGCCUCUGUUUUUCGCUUGGCCUACGCUCGAGGUUGUCGACCAUUCUUUCGCAUGCUCAAACGUCGUCAUCGACGCAAGUCAGAAACGCAAAAGACUAAUUUAGCUCAUUCUGUCCAGUCUAUUGUCUCCUUAGUCAACUUGGAGGGGAACAAAAACAACGCUCGAACCAAAGUCAGCGUCAAUGGCACUGGCAGCCCAACAGGCUCCAGACUGCAUCGAGUAGUCUCCUUUAAUACCCUUGGAGAGUUCUCAGGGAAGCAGCCGAUUAUACAACUACGUCGAAAUCAGUCAAACCUGUCAGAUUGCAAAACAAGGAGAGAGAUAUCUGCUGGCAGUGAAAAUGGCACGCAGACCAUGCCCACUGUUUCUUCACUGAAUGACAUGCGGGCACAGCAACAACCGACUGGCUCUCUCAGUCGGUCAAGAAGCCAACAAGACUACUCCAGUGUCUCAAUCAGCAAUCGGAGAAAAAAGAAGAAAUUUCGAACAGGACUUCUGGAGACACGACCGCCAGGAAACAACCCAAACGGGAGCGGGGAAGUGGGAGAAUUACGGCAGCAGCAGUAUCCGAGAUCAGAGAGAAGUCGACUGGCAGUGAAUGACUGCAUCACUGUGACAGAGGACGCCCUUCUUUCCUGUCCGCCUUCUCGAGGAGAUUCCUUACAAUCUCGGAAAUUUCCCGGCACUGUCAGCAACGGUAGUCCAGUACGCAAGUUGAUUGUGCAACACACGUCCACCACUACAAAUUCUGGAGCAGAUGUGCAAUCCCCCAGCCAGAUAAACGUGCCUAUCAGCCUAACCUUAUGCAUGAUGACUAUCUACAUCCUCAUUGGUGCUGUGGUCUUCUGCAUUUGGGAAUCUCGCGACUACGUCAAGUGGUCCUACUUCUGCUUUGUCACCCUUUCCACUAUUGGAUUUGGGGAUAUAGUGCCAGGUAAGCGUAAAUUCUCAUCCUAACUGAGAGAUCAUUUGCAAAAAUUGCAGUUUACCAUCCACUCUUUCGUCGUUUGGCUGAUUUAUUUUACUUUUUUCAAGCAAACUUUAGUCAGUGGAAUCUUCCUGUCACAUGUCUGCUAGUUUCGUAACACAGCAUCUUUUAGUUCAUAAAUUAUUUGGUCUGGAAACAGUGACCAUUGGAUAACCGCGUUGAAUGACAGUGGUUCACCCAUAAAUGUUUAGCCCUCAAACCACUCUCGCCGAGAUAUUUAUUUGCACUUUGCACUACCCAUUUCACAAGGCAGUUAAUGCACCCUUUCGUAGUCUUACCAUCGUCCCUUCGCUUUCACGUCGUAAGAAACCUAGUCAGCCGUAAAGUAAAUUCUACCACGCAGUCUUAAGCAGAAUAAACUUUUGCCUAAUAAAACUUCGGCCUUCUUUUGUUCGGUACCUGUCAUGAAUUUAUCUGACAAUGUUGGCGGACACCCUUCAGUUGAGAUCUAUUAUCUUUGCCUGGAAAAGAGGAGAAGCCUUAUUCUUAGUAGCACCUUUGGUAACUUGUGUAUAACACGACCCGGGUGACGGAUUGCAACGCAGAAGGGCAGGUCGAAGUAAAGGCGACCAAAUAGAAAAGCCGCCCAAUGCAACAAAUAGGCACGUCGUGCGCAUAUUUUUUUACAAAUUAGUAUACAUACACGCGGCAUACAUGAGGAGGAUCCCGGCAUAAACUUUGACAUCAGUUAACUCCGAAGGACUGCGACCAAUGCAUAGACACAUCAUGUUGUAAAUUAUCUGCGAGGAUUUAUACGCCGAGUAACCCCCCCCCCCCUAAUCAGCAAGUACACAUGUUAUGACUGCAAUAAAUGCGUGCUUGAGUGAAUUCAGCAAUCAUCGGAGAAAGAUGGAUUUCUGAAUUUUUGAUUUCUGGCUGAGAAACUUCUGCAUCCUUUUUUCAGUCUUGGAUUGCCUGACACAGUGAGAGGUUCAUUGAAAAUGUUUUAAAAUAGGGUUUUCAUACCCAUUCUCUUUCACAAAUGGAAGCUAUUGAUCGAGAUUGGGGUUUAUAUGCGACUGAGGAAGAAGAAGAAGAAGAAGAUUGAGUGCUUGAAACAAUUGCAUCUUUGUCUAAGUUUUUGGACUCGUGCCAGAGUCUAUCGUCAGGGAUAAAAGCAGUAACAGAACAGGCGACGGUUAUAGAUGGUAUGUGACAAUCAAUGAUCAGCGACAUAGGUUUUGAGGUAAUCCUGUAGGCCUCUGUAUAACGGCGCCAGUUCGAUACAUCGAUUUAAUGAGUUUUUAUCCGAGUUGCAGACUUGGAUCACCCCCUGGACCGCUACUACCUGAUGUCUUCAUGAGAAACUAGAAAAACCCCAGCUCUGCCCAAUGAUCAAUAACCUUUAUUCCUAUGCUUGAUAUGUUGAUGACAUUUUAGCAAUAGCGGAUGAAAAGCCUGAUUUGGACACCCUCUUGCAUAAAGUGAGUCAGGCUCAGCCUGCGUUAACCUUCACUUUCGAAAAAAGAGAACGGAGAGCGCCUCUUCUUUCUCGACGUCCUACGCCAUCAAAUGCCGGAUAAAAGAAUUAGUAGAAGUGUGUUUCGCAAAAAACCAUGGACAGGGCAAUGCACAAAUUUCUAUAAAUUUGUUUCGCUAAGCCAGAAACAAAGUUUCAUCCGCUGCCUCGCCAAUCGAGCUAGGAGAAGAUGCGCUCCAGAUAGACUUGAGAAUGAGCUCGCCAUUAUACGAAACAUUCUGUGGGAAAACGGCUACCCUGAAAUUUUUAUCAACACAUAUAUGAAAGAACGCCCUCCUAAAUCUGAUGUGCCGACGGCUGAGAAGAAGGAAUUAUUCCUCGCACUGCCACUUGGAGGGGAUCCGGGCGGGAUAGUGGUUUAAACGCUGCUAUCGUACGCACACACCCAGACGCUAAGAUAAGACUGAUUUUCGCAAGCACUUGAUUCCUUCGCCUUUAAGGCAAGGAUAAACAGCCUUUUCAGACUUCUUCAAUUUGCAUCUAUACCUUCACUUGCUCCUGUGGGACAGGUUAUAUUGGUCGAACAACUAGGCGUCCAUCUAAGCGGACGCGAGAACACCAUCCUGUGUGGCUAAAUUACGGUAAGGGAAAGUUAUCUCGAGUUGUGGCUCACUUGGUUGACAGUGGCCACCGGGUAGACGUCGACCAAGCAUUCCGAAUCAUCUAUAAAGUAUCGGGGAGACGCUCGAAGUUCCUGCGUCAGCGAAUACUUGCGACGGCAGGAGCAGUGGCCAUACGGUUAGCCAACCCGGCGGUGUGCUCGCAUAAAGCGUUCGUACAGGCGCUACGGCUUCCGUGAGCAAAGACAAACCCAGCGUACGUUUUUAAACCCGCGACGUCGUGUUACAGCGAUGAAACAAACACAUCUAAUCGCCAGACACCUUGUCUCUCCCCCUCUCCCUGCCUAAGCUCCAGACAGAACUAGAAUCUGACCACUGACCUCUGAACGCCCCCAAUCCUCUCCCUCUUAUUGACUUUUAUUGGAUGUUUAACUUUUGUUAUUCUGCCCACCCUUAUAUUACUGAACAGGCCUGAUGAGGAAUAAGCCCAGGGCUCUUGACCGGCCUUUCGUAACUCAGGUGGUUAGAGCGUUGGCUUAUACUCCGAUCGCGGGUUCGGAUCCCAUGAUGGCCGCUUAGUCUCCUUCACCGAGGUCCUCAUUUAAAGGUAGAAUUCGUCCAGUAAUAUAAAAGAAGGAGCAAAAAAUAGAUAAGGGACUUGAAUACCCAUUGCUGUUCAAUGUGUGCUCGUCCGUUAAUUACGCACUAUUUUGAUUCAGAGCCGGGCUAAGUGGUUAUCACUUAGUUGAGCCAAACUCUCCAGUACAGUGGGACAGAUGAACCACCACUUUCAACAACUAUCCUUCGUCUCGGCCUCCCCCAGAAGAGCCGCAGUAGUGAACCACGAAUCCUUUUCUGGGGAAAAAAGAUGAUUUGUAAACAGGAGGAAUCUUCGCUUUCAAAAAUCUCCUUUUUGCCGUUUUUGUGCUUAUACGCUGUCUAGCUCCUCUGUCUGUUUAUUUUUCGGCUCUUGAUGCUACGAUAACAUGUGGUAUUUGAGUGCAAAGAAAAUCAUUUCCAUUGCUGAGUGACGGCACCUUCAAAGUAACACGGAGCUUUGACAGUUUGCAGUCUGUAUAAAAUAUUCUCCGUGGAAUUUAUGAUAGAAAGAUUAAAAAUGAAAAUUCUUAACUUUCAGAUGCUUAAUCAUGCAAAAUACUACGGCAAAGGUCAGCAAACCCUCUUAAUUCUCACGCGAUAAACUAUCUGAUAUUCGUAAAAGGCUCUACUUAGGAAGGGACUGUGAGCAAGGGGCUGAACACAACGGACUUGGCCCUCGCCUUCUGAUAUCAAAGUAAACUGCCCUAAGUGAAACCCCCAGAAGUCAAUGUGCUAAAGCUCCCUCUCUGGCCUCGGUUUCCUCUGCUGCUUAGAGCCCGUGAACGCACAGUUUUCGACGUGCAAUGAAAAACCAACCGGUUUAGUCGUAACACCAUUGUAGUGCUUUAGCACAACGCUUUGGUUCAUCACAUGUGAUAAGCAGAAGCAGAAUAAUCGUUAGUCUAUAGACGAGGCAGUGGUUCUGUGUACGAAACAAAACCCAUGCACGGACGGCAAUACCCUUUCGACUGGGAAGCAGAAAAGGCGUAAAAGUUGGCUCUCGUUAACCAAAGCAAGACAGCUGUCUGUAGAGGUAACGCCAGCAUCCCAUCACAUCUUCAGCGUCCGGCGCCAGCACUGGACAUAUAGACCAGCCGAGGGGGGUAAAAUUUCGUAGUGGCAACAAAAUCUUCCCAAGAGCUCAUUUGCAGCACACGUUUGGUUACGGAAACUCGCGUAAAAAGUGGAUAGUAAAGAGUUUUAACGCACUCAUUUGAUGACAAAAUAUCCAAACGGCCCGAUCUGACUGCAGAAGAAAAGAAGUUAUUUUUAGAUUAUCUCCGAACGAAGUUCCUAAAGCAAAUGCUGCUUAGUUAAAAUUCAGCUCUACGAUCUGACUUUAUGUUUAUUGGUAUGCAAAUUUGUUCUUUUUGACUCAUGUGUUUUGCAACUUUAGGCUGGCCAUAAUAAGUCAUUUCGGGAGCAUUUGCUUUGAAAUCCUCCCCCAGUAGGCUAAAAGUCCCCAAUUCAGCAGGAAUAUGUGCAUCUGUGGGUGGAGUUCCGACAAAGACUAGGGAGUGUGGGACGGCCUUUUCUGGCCUAUUAGCCAGUCGACAGGAAAGCAGGCCCGUGGCCUACUGGAAGAACACUGAAAUUAAUAACGGCAGAUGAUCAAAGAACGCGGAUUCGAAUAUCAAGUCCUAGAAACCCGGGUUCGGGUAAAGGUGGUUGAACCUUUCAGCACACUUACAUUUGUCCUUUUCGGUUUUCUCUUUACUAUUUUGUUAUUGGUCGUUAUGCGACUGCCUGAGGCGGGUCCCAGAUUGAGCCCUAAGACGCCACGGGAAGGACAUGUCUGUGGCCUGGCAGGUUAACACACGUCCAGCACAUAUAUGCAUAUGUGUAUACUUUGAAGGCUGACACGCUCUUUGGCAAAAUAUAUAGAGCUUCAUUAGGUAAACUUUCGACGCCGAUUCCUAAGGUCGUCUCCAGACUUGAGUAAAUGUGCAAAAAACAACUAAUAUUUCAAACGUGCUGAAAAAUCAAUUUUCAUUUGGUGUUUGCGCCAGUAAGCGGCCGCCGUGUCCGUCAUUCUGUAUUGAUUAGUUCUCGUCCCUUUCACUUCGCCUUGAGAUUUCUGUACAUGGCAUCUAACUCAAUGUGCUGAUUUAUGCAUGCUUGAUCGAAGUGCAUAACUUCAACAAACUCUUGGUCUUUUUGGGGAGUGGAACUCUGAUGAAGCUAGUUCUGUCCCAUGCUAAGGUGUGCUCAGUAUCAAGGGGAUACAAAUACAUGACUAGAUGCCCUCCAACCGCGGGGUUUUCGCCUAGGCCACUUCAGGCUUAUCAAUAUCUGCCAACCCAGAUAAAAGUUAAUUUGUCCUGCACUGACCUCACAAUCUGGUAUUAUUUUUAUCAAUUUAAAUUCAGUAGUUUGAAGGAAGUAUACUAGACUUUCAGAUUUUUAAAGUACGUGUCCAACGAUAAACGUUUUCCGUACUAUGUUGACUUAAGUUUAUUUUGGCAAAAAAGGGUCGCUUGAAAGCCACUGACAAGUUUUUGGACAUUUUGGUACUAAAUAUACAGCACUACUUACACGUAAAAUAGAAGGGAAGGAUUCAUAGCUAGCGUGCUAAAUGUCAGUUCAACCCCCGAGUUCGACAAUGUCAACCGUUUCUCACAUCAGAGGGAGAGCAAGGACGGUGGUUUGCGCAUGAAUUAAUUUGUAGUGAUACUAAACUUGCGCAGCAUUUACCGCCCUCUCUCCUCCCCAGUCUGGACCUACUGUCAAAACACAGUCAAAAAGAUCAGAGGUAGGAGGGAUGUAGAUGUUGGCGCGACCAGAGCCGUCCCUAUGCAUGCCGACACACCGCGCCCGGACCCCAGAGAGUGGGAAUCACAUAAAGGUCACAUUAAAAAUGAGCCAUUACAGCCUGACUUUCAGUCCACCAAUCCGCCACUCCGCACGAAGACACACUGGAGCGACUGUGAUGUCCGAGCUAUUUCAGUCAGAUGGCAACAUUCCAAACCACAGCUUUCCGCUCACCGUGAUAGCUUCAAGACCGUCAUAUUGUUUAUAGGAAGGAAAAUGCGCCGCGUAGUCAACCUCACUCUUUAUUCCCAUUCCCAUACCCCAGCCACUGUCGAAGCCGGUCAUUCUUCUGAUGCGUGGAAUGCGCGCAGAGCUAGAGAGCUCGUCUGCGCGUCACAUUCACGACAUGGCCUUCCAAACUUACGCACCAGGAUUGUGUGAACCAGGGGGGAUAGAACGCUCGGAUCUCACAUGCAAUUAAGGAGUCACGCAGAGAAAGGAGAAGGCGGAAAGACAAACUUCUCACUUACAUGAGAAGUGCCGGUGAUGUGGGAUUUCGGAGGGGUGUAUGCGUGGUGCAUGUGUUGAUGGGGAAAGGUGUGGUAAAUUGGUUUUGUCUGCGAUGAUUUACCGCCUGUUUUACUGAAGGUGCAUGUGACCUAAGAGGACCAUGCGGUGAGUAUAUGUGCGUGGAUAGUAUGAGCAGCUGAAGCAGAUGCAGUGGUUGUACCUUGGUGCUCCUGGCACUGUCUUGUCAGUUGCUGUGCUAUGGAUUUGCAAGUGACCGACCAGGCCGAUGCGCGGUGCACAUGUGCGGUGGCAGCAAGGCCAUCAGAGGCUCGGGGUUCUUGAAUCGGAUGGGUGACGAGGCUGUUAGUCGUGGUCACGCUGGUGGAUGGAUAAUUGUUAGUGCCGGACAUGGGAGCAUUUUCGGCUAUGUAGCGCGUGUCUGAGGCGUCGGUUGUUCGGUGACCUCCGCUUUCAUGGAUGCGCAUGUGACCAAAUAGGUUCAGGCGAUGAGUAAAUGUGCGUGUCCAGUGCAGGCAAAACAGGCGGGUGCGGUUGGUGUAUGUCGGGACUCUGAGCACUGGUGCACCAAUCACAAUGCGAUGACUUUGCGAGUGACCGACCACGCCGAUGAGUGAAGUGAAUGUGCGAUCGCAAUGAGGUUGGUACCGAAUUCACAUCGCUGGAGGUAGGGACACUGAGGAUGAAAGUGUCGGUGUUGGUGGUCGACGGAGCUUCAGGAACGUCUUGGUCGGUGGCAGGCGUGAUAGAGGUCGUUAUGUUGGUCAUCGCUGGGGUAAUUGCGAUAGAGAUAGUGGAGGUAGCGGUGGCCGACGGUGGUAGGGCACGGUGAUUGGGACCAACGGUGGUGAGGGGGACGCCGUCGUGGUCGGCGCGUGGGUUGGAGCAGGGGCAGUCGUCGGGAGGUCCGUGCAUUAAGUCCACAGAUGAUCGAUGAAGCCGAUCCGCACGCGGAAUGUUUGUUGACAGCGCGGGCACGUUUGGGUAGGGUUAAAUAGCGAUGUUGCGAAUCAGGGAUGCCUGAGACUUGUGAGCUUCUCUCUUGACCUUGGCGACGGCAAUUCGAUGUGAUCAACCAUGCUCAAGAGCGUCUAUUAUUCUUAUGAAACUCCUUUGCCGGUGUGAGUAAUUAUCUAGAGUCGACAUAAAUAAGGUCAAUAGGAAUUAAAUUUUGCCUUCCUGUCUGACCCGCCCCUAUUAAUGGGCAGUACUUGGAAUCUCACCAGAAUAACCACAGUGACGAAUAUUAGUCACACCCGAAACAGAAGGGUAUUUAACUCAGUAAGCCAACGAGGUUGUCUUGUCGUAAGGUAUAGCAGGCAACACCGCAAGUGGUCUACGACGUUCCGCAGUUUCGGUAUUUUGGCAGUUUCGCCGUUUAACUACGUCUUAGACCCGUCGUUUGCGGCUGCUUUUUGUUUCAAACACGAAAAGAAGCCCUCGCAAGGACAAAAGGCAACAACAGAGCAAGGGGAUUCUGCACACAAUCAGGAAAAGAGGACAUUUGUCUUUUGUCGGUCCGACGACUUUUCAAACCUCCCUGCUUCAAGCGACCACCCAAAACCGAUUUUUUAUGACCAUCAGUUCACAGUACUUGUCCAUCGACCUGCAUUAAGCCGAUAAGUAUCGAAAGCCACAGAAUGCUGCCUUCUUUUUAUAGACAGCUUUAAAAAUGGAAUCAACAGCAUAUGACAAAACAUGUUUUUUUGGGAAGACAAUUAACAUUUGCGCAUUACAGUCGUAAUGUUGUCUACUUAUGGCAUUUCCGAUUAAUAGGGAUGACUGAAACAGCUUGUACUCAAAUGUCUGGUAGAAAAAAAACAGUCAAAAUAUGAUAUGGACGAUUCAGCAGUGUUUAAGAAGCCGUCGAACACCAAAACAAGAAAGUAAGAAAGUCGUGCUUAUGUAUGACCUUAGCUUUCAUUGCCACCUGUGGAAUCUUCGAUUCCCGUGGAUUUGCUUCUACUUUUUUUCAAAAUGGAGACGAGCUCUUACAAUUUUUGUGAUUUCUUCCCACAUAGUGUUCUCUUAAAAUGUUGGCUUUAAUACAAACUUGACUCAAGCAGCAAAAAGACAAAUAAUGAGGAAUUAAUAAAGGAAAUAAAAGUUUUAAAGCGAUAGUUUUGCGUGACUUCUCCUCUCGAUUUAGGGGGAUAGAUUCUGGGAGAAUAAUUCAUAUUGACCCGACUGUGAAUCUGGGAGAAUAGUCAUCUUCUUACGUAUAGGUUACUAAUAGUAACGAGGUAGAAAUAAAACCAAAUUUUUCGACUUUCGGUUAUAGGCCCAGCUUGGAACUUAUAGCUGAUAUUGUUGAUGAAAGUCCCGAUCUGUUGCUGAUCAGAAAUAAUUUCUGUGUGGGCGUUUCCCUCCUAUCGCUUAUUUUAAAUGCUACAGUUAGGUCUCAACCACUGUUUACCCUUCCACGUCUUUUCUCUUUUUAAGGCACAAAAAUUGACUCGGAGAACCCAUCUGAGAAGAUGAUUGUCCUCACCUUCUACGUAGCUUUAGGUCUUUCAUUCUUCGCCAUGUGUUUCAAACUGAUGGAGGAGGAGGCGGUAAACAAUCUGCGUCGGAUAGGACAACGCCUGGGCAUUCUUAGUCGACCAAGUCAGACUGAACCAGUCGUUGUGGCGCAGGUCAUUCCCUUGUCCUCGCGCCGCCGAUCGAUCCUGCGUCUCUAA